AUGGCCCAUCUUGCAGCCUUUGAUGUCCACACCAAAGAUGACGUGCUUGAGAGGAGGGUCCACUACAGGGGAGAAUAUGUGAAUCGGCGAGGAAUGUUUGAUGCCUUCAAAUUGAAGAUCAAGCCAGAAUAUGUCAUCAUCGUCGUCGUCUUGCUCGUCUUUCUCCUUUUCCUCACCGUCGUCCUCGUCGUCGCCCUCGGCAUACUUCUGUGUCUCUAUUCCCAAAGGGAGAGUCGCGCAGAAUCCAAGCGCACUCACUACACCAAUGGCAUCUGGACGGAGGGCUCAAGACAGAUACUGUAUUGA